AGGUCGUCUCGACAUUUCACCCAAGUAAGAGCCAAAGACAUGCCCAAGAUCAGCCUUCCUCCAUUACCGUUAUCUGGUCUCUUCGCAAUCGCCAAACCUUCGGGGCCAACAUCCAUGUCUGUGAUCAACGAUGUCAAGCAGCUUGUAUGUAACUCGCGCCUCUUCGUCGAAGCUUCCAAGCUUGAAGAGAAGCGAAGGACGCCAAAGAGAGGGAGAAGGGCACGGGAAGUGGUCAAAAUCGGCCAGGGAGGGACGCUCGAUCCACUUGCAGACGGUGUGCUGGUGGUCGGAGUGGGGAAAGGAACUAAAAAACUGGGCGACUUCUUAGAUUGUAUCAAGGAAUACAAAACUACGGUAUUGCUAGGUUGCGAAACAGACACAUAUGACAGCGAAGGCGUCCGUGUCCGCGUCGCUCCAUGGCGUCAUGUCACCAAAGAAGCGGUCGAGGAGCAGCUCGUCAAUUUCAGAGGUGAGAUAUACCAGACACCUCCUAUCUUCUCUGCCCUCAAGAUGGAUGGUAAACCUCUCUACGAAUACGCGCGAAAGGGAAUCCCACUCCCUCGACCCAUUGAAAAGCGAAAAGUGACGGUACAUUCACUCACACUCACAGACUGGAAAGGACCCAACCACGAGUUCACUUGGCCUGAGAAGCAGUUCACGGACAAAGAAAGAGAGGCGAUGGAGAAAGCCCUGCGGAGUGUUCAGGAGGACGUUGUCAUUCGAAAUGAUCCCGAGCCCACAUCUGAGCCUAAAGAUGGACUCGAACCAGAGCGUGAGACCACUCUGGGUGAUGGGCUGGAUAGAGCAAGUGAGGAAGAGCAAGCUCAGAAACAGACGCAGACGCCUUCUGCUUUUGUCCUUACCAUGCGUGUUUCAGGCGGGACAUAUGUCCGGUCCAUAGUUCACGAUUUGGGGCAUGCACUUGGCUCAGCUGCUCACGUUGUCACCCUCACCCGAUCGCGUCAGAGUCGAUUUGCUCUCUCACCAGACGAAGAGGCGGACGGUGCAAAAGGCUGCAUUGCGUGGGAGGUGUUCACGAAAGCGGCGGAGGACGAGGGCGCCGAGGAUGCAGAUGGGCUAAAGGAGUGGGAGAGGGCAGUGCUCGAUAAAUUUGAGAUUAUAGAUGAGAAUGGUAAUAAAAGCUAACCUUCUUGGUGAACGGGUCGACGCUGUCAUAGCCCCUACUAUCAAUGCUAGUGGAUUGGAAAGCCUCCUUCU